UCUAGGACUUCUGGGGUUGAGACGAAGCGGGGGAACUGCACGUGCGUGUAGAUUGAAUGCCUUAUAGUAUGUCCUCUCCACCAUGGGAACAGACGGAGAACCUUAAGGGUCUGCGAACCGAGCGUCACCAUCUCUGCCAGUGCACAUCGCAAUGUUCCGCCUCGCUAUUUUAUGCCUCAUAGCCCUUCUUGCGUACAGAAUCAGUAAAGUCCUCAGACGACUUCCAGUUCCUCCGGGUCCAAGGGGCCUUCCUGUCUUUGGCAGCGCUCUGGAAAUCCCGAAAGAAUGCAGUUGGCUCACAUUCGCGCAGUGGGCCAAGACCUACGGCCCUAUCAUGCACGUCUCCUGCAUGACUAGCUCAAUUAUUGUCUUGAGCUCGCGCGAAGCGAUAAUUGACCUUUUGGAGAAGAAGAACGCCGUGUAUUCGGAUCGCCCGAUCAUGACUAUGGCCGGAGAACUGGCCGGUCUGAAGAGACUGGUUGCAUUCGCACCCUACGGGCAGCGGCAUCGCGAAGGCCGCAAGCUCAUCACCGGGGCUCUCGGUCCCCGCAAGGCGCCAGAGCUGCAUGCAAUCCAAGAGGCGAAGACACUGGUGUUCAUUUCAAGGCUGACAGAAAGUCCCGCGGAAUUCCGGACUCACAUCCGCUGGCUGGUCGCAAGCAUCGUGCUUGAGGCCACCUACGGGAUCACAAUAGAUAGCUACGACGACCCCUUCCUUCUUGAAGUCGAGAAGUCACUCGCUGAGAUCAGCGACGUAUCGGCGCCCGGCGCAUACCUCGUUGAUGCGAUUCCGUCUCUGAAGUACGUUCCAGAAUGGUUCCCGGCAGCGUCGUUCAAGAGGAUAGCGAGAGAGACCCGUGAACGCUCAUACGCGUUGGAAGACAAGUUAUACCAAGCAGCAAGGAGACAAUUGGACCGCGGAUCAGCCACGCCGUCGUUUGUAGCGGAUCUACUCAAGCACAAUUACGACCCCACCCAGGAUGAUCACACCCUGUACGCAGAGGUCGCAGUUAUGUUCUACGGUGCCGGCGCGGAUACGACAGUCUCCUCGAUUCUCUCUUUCUUCCUCAUCAUGGCCACGCAUCCAGACAUCCAACGGAAAGCCCAAGCCGAAGUGGACUCCGUCACCAGCGGCAGACUGCCCAUCUGCAGCGACCGCGAGGAUAUGCCCUACCUCGGGGCGGUUCUCAAGGAGGUCCAUCGCUGCAACCCAGUGCUACCCCUGGCCCUGCCGCAUUACGUACGGGAGGAAGACGUCUACGCAGGAUAUCGUAUUCCGGCCGGUUCCACGAUCUUACCCAAUACUUGGGCCAUUCUGCACGACCCGGAGCUGUAUCCUCACCCAGACGAAGUAAUCCCGGAGCGCUACUACGACUGUUCUAACGGAGAUCUCAAUCCAGACCCACAAGACUUUGCCUUUGGCUACGGACGACGUGUCUGCCCUGGACGGACGCUCGCCGAGGACACCCUCUUCAUAGUUGCGGCGUCCGUGCUCGCAUCGUUCAACAUCACCAGUGUUGUUCCUUUGAAGGGCGAGACGAUCGAGUAUCGUGGCGGUGCGAUCAGUCACCCGGAUGACUUUGCGUGCGGUAUUCUGCCACGGCGGUCGACGUGAUUGUUCUACUCCUUGUCUCCAUUCCGCCCGGCGCUGGGAUUGACGUGGUGGCUCAUAUUGAUGUUCCACUCGUGGAAGAUUUGUGGAGACAUGACACCCCGUAUGGUGAUUUCGCGCAGUCUGUAUUGUUUCCUCUGCUG